AUGGACACGUCAUUGGAUGCGUCCUUAGUGACGCAGUCCAUAAAUUAUCAUGGACAGCAACUACAAAAAACAUGGGAAGCAGAAAGAGGAGAAGACGACUUGUCAAAAAUUGGCGUGGGCGGUUUGGAUUUCGCUGUAUAUCAGUCGAGGCACAAGCACUUGACGUUUCAAGAUCGAGGAAAACGUUUGAAACUACAUCAGUUUAUUGCCAAAGAGGCUAACGCUUUGUUUGAUACUUCAAUAAUGGAAGAAACCCCAUCAUCAUCUAGCCUUGGAACUGACGCGCCUGUACCGGAAGACAAUCUAUAUGCACUGAUGCCGCCUUUUGAAACAUUUUUAAGUGUUGACAAGUUGGCAAGAUUGAGACAUUUCUUUGAUAAUGUGAAGACAGGAGAACUUAUAAUAGGAGCAGUCAUCAACAGGACUACAUCUGGUAUGAUGUUAAAGGUCCUAUGCACUGCUGGACCAACAUCAAGAUAUGUAGCGGACAUCAAUGUAAAGGCAUUUUUACCAGUUACAAAUAUCAUACCUGCUGUGGACAAGAAAAACGUAUCAAGAAACUACCUGAUGAAUGACACUGUAUGCUGUGAAGUGAUAGAAGUUAUCCCCGACACCGACAAAAUGGUGUGCGGCAUGAAGGGUGUGACGCGAGGCCCGGAUGACCCUCCGCCUAAGCCACCACUGGGCCUACUCACCACUGACGACUUCCCACUCAUCUACAAGAAAACAGUGGAUAUGAAGGGAGAGAGUUAUGAAGCCAUAUUGGAGAAGAGUCCUGGCUUCAAUAACCCCAACUGCGUCCAAUAUCUUUCUGAACUGCUCGGAAUCUCCAACAUGCACUGCACCAAUUUUCCAUCUUUGAGGGGAGGGUUUGUACCAACAGAAUAUGCAGAUGAACUGCGUCAAGCACAAGCCAGCAAGUGGGCAUUCCGUUCAGUUGCUGAAGGUAUAGAACAUUUUAAAGCCGGCCGUCACUCUGAAGCUUUCCAGUGUCUUAAUAAAGCAUUGAGCAUCGAUCCAAGAAAUGUCGAGGGAUUAGUUGCAAGGGGAGCACUUUAUGCCAACAGUGGAACAUUUAAAAAGGCUAUUGAAGAUUUUGAAACAUCCUUGAAACUGAAUCCCAACCAUGCAAAUGCUAGAAAGUAUCUAGGAGAGACACUCGUCGCAUUAGGACGUAGCUACGAGGACGAAAACAAGAUCACUGAAGCACAGAAAGCGUAUGAAGAUUGUUUAGCCAUAAUACCUUUCCAUGAAGAGGCGCAAAAUUCUCUCGAUUUCCUGAAGAGCAAGACAUCUACUACCAAGCCGUUAAUUGAACCAGCAGAGUUGUUACUUCCUGGAUUGACAGGCGCAAAGUCGUACGAGAUGAAAGAGACAUUGAAGCAAUUAUUGAAUUUGACUGAUAAGAAAGAUAAGAAGAAGAAAAAGAAGCGCGGCAAGGGUAAGAAGAAGCGGUCGAGCAGUUCUUCAUCAUCGUCAUCUGACUCGUCGAGCUCCAGUUCAUCAUCAGACUCCUCGUCCUCUUCAUCUGAAACAAGUGAUUCCGAAGGUCCUAAUCGCAAGAAGAAGCGUCGGUCUCAGCCUAACAGCAAACGCCAGCGCUCCUUGUCUCCAUUGAGUAAGCGCAUGGAGAUGCUCGGUGCGCCCGAGGCCGGGUCUCGCACUCACAACUCUCAGUUCAACCACCCGUACGGCUACCAACCCCCGCCACCGCCUGUCGAAGAAGUCAAUCCUGAGCCACAGAGAUCUCAGGCAGAUAUUGAUUAUGAACUCAAGGUGCGCAAGUUCUUAGAAAUGACCAAAGAGGAUUCAGAUUAUGAAGACAAGGUGCGCAAUUUCUUAGAAGAAACUGCGCAGUACAAGCGCAACCGCAAGAUGCAGGAACUGGGGCAGCAGCCGCAGCCUGGCGCUGACCGCGACAAGAAGAAAAAGAAGAAGAAAGACAAGUCGGUACCCUUUACUGAUCUGUUCUGUUUGGGGAAGAAGAAAAAGGAGUCUAAGAGAAAGCGCAAGGAACAGGAGAGGGAAGAAAAGAGAAAAGCGAAGUUAGCGCGCGCUGCAGCCAACAACGAAUACAGCCUACGCGAUCUCGACAGCAUCGGCGACAAGAAACUGAGAGACGCUAUCAGAAAGGAAUUGAAGAGUAAGAAGCGAGACCUCAGCUCUGACGGCGAAUAUGAUAGAAAACACGAUAAGAGGAUGCUAGACGAUAUGCACGGGCUCGAGGAGUUGGAGUCCAAGCUGAGCGCGUACCACGUAAUGGUGGAGAAGGAGGUGCUGCACAAGCGCGAUGGGCGCGGCUCGCUCAGCCCCAUAGACCAGGCGCCGCCGCCGCCGCUUGAGAAGCCCAAGUGGAAGAUGUCCAUGAGCGCGGUCAAAGACACGGUCAAGAAGAAGGAAACACCGGUGCCAAAGGGUUAUAAAGAACACUACGCAUUUGAAGACAGCUCAGAUGAUUCACAAGAAAAUAAUAAGCCUUCUCCUUCAAGUGGGGAUAAGAAUGUAUCGGUACGUAGGGCGAUGGCAAUGAAGGAACCGCCUCCAUUGCCGUCAGCGCCACCACCGAACAAGCGAGAGCCCGACCCGCCCGGUACCGAGCCCUCACAUCCAGUCCGUAAGGGCAACAUAGUCCUAGACAAGUUCGGUUCCUUCCGACUUGCUCAAGAGGGUGAAACUCCCGUAUCUGUUGGUGAUGGACGACCAGAACAAUUUGUAACGCGCAUCAAACCACCGUCCCCUUCAGGACGCCGACCACGCUCACCGCCUUCACCAAGAAGGCAUUCAUCUAACUCCUCUGAUGACGAUAGAAGAUCUAAACGUUCUAGGAGCAGGUCGCGACCACGUAAAUACCGUUCCCGGUCUCGGUCUCGCUCGCGGUCUGCGUCGAGUGCGAGUGGCUCCGUGGCUUCACGGCGCCGUCGCUCGGGCUCGCCUCGCUCCCGCUCUCGGUCCGACGCUAGCCGCUCCUACUACUCUCGCAGCAGAUCUCGAUCACGGUCUGGCUCAAGGUUCCGUCGUUUCGUGCGUCGCGGGAACUGGCGAGGUCGCGGGGGGUAUGAGCGUGGCACAUACUACCGACCUCGCUUCCACACGUACAACGGCGGGGGUGGCGGACGAGGCCGCGGCCGCGGCGGCGGUGGAGAUUUCCGCCGAGAUGAUGGACGUCGGUUCCAACAAGAAUGGCGUGACAACCGCUCUAGAGGAGGACGACCUUUCAGGCCACGCCGAGGCGGUGGUGGCCGUGGCAGACCCUUUAGGGGUGGUGGUUUCCGUGACUUUAGAGAUCGCAGGGGUGGUCGUUAUUCAAGAUCACGUAGUCCCGAAAGACCACGCAGGUCCAGGUCUUACAGCCCAGAACGACGAGACAAAGAUAGGGACAGCUACUCCCGUUACUCUGAACGCGAUAGCCAUCGCAGCGAGGGUGAAUAUGAAGAAGAAAGAUACGUGGAUAGGAAAGAAUACGACGGAAAGUGGGCUGAUGGAAACGAGCCCGAGAGAAACGCCCAUCCCGAGGAGAAGCAACCCGCCGAACCAGCCCCCAAAGAAUAA